CACACACACACACACACACACACUUACUUACACAGAGCCCGGCUGUCUGUCAUUUCCUGGAUCCAGUGUGUCCAAGCUUCUGUGGAAACUUUCAGAAGUUUGUUGUUGGAGGGAGGAGGGGGGGAGCUCGGGGAGAUCUACAGCCGCGCUGCUGCUCUCUCACACGGAUCACUUCGGCUCUGAGCUCCGGGGAUGUCGGCCGUGAAGGCGCUGCAGCAGUGGUGCCGGGUCCGGUGUGACGGCUACCGGGAUGUGUCCAUCACCAACAUGACCACGUCCUUCAGGGACGGCAUGGCUUUCUGCGCGCUCAUCCACAAACACAGACCCGACCUCAUAAACUUUGAUUCACUGAAGAAGGAAGAUGUUUAUGAGAACAACAAACUGGCAUUCAAGGUUGCGGAGGAGGAGUUGGGGAUUCCAGCUCUGUUGGAUGCAGAAGACAUGGUGGCUCUUAAGGUUCCUGACCGCCUCAGUAUCCUGACAUACGUGUCCCAGUAUUACAACUACUUCCAUGGACGCUCCCCGAUCGGUGGUUUGGGAGGUAUAAAGCGUCCGGCCGACGGCCCCACAGAGGAACCGUCUGGGAAGAAGAACCAGCCGGUGGCGUCGAAGGUGUUCCCCUUCUCCAAACCGAACAGAGAAAACAGCCCUCCCCCCUCCUCCAACAUCACAAGGCCCUCUCCUUCCCCAAAGCAAACCACUAAGGCCGAGAAGGAUAUUGUGGUUGAGAAACCCCACCAGACAGGAACCCUGAGUAACAAGUGUGUGUCCUGCAGCAAGCAUGUUCACCUGGUGCAGCGACACCUAGUGGACGGGAAGCUCUAUCACAGGAACUGUGCAAAGUCUCUGCCGCCUACGAACCCGACUGCUCCUCUCAGAAGUUUCCCCACAAACACUCCCGCGUCCAGAUUCACUUCUCCACCAGACUCCACCAGCACAACUCCUCCAUCUCAUACACCCUCCAGACAGGGGCCGUCGUGGCUGACGGAGAAACCCAGCACCCCUCCCAGCUUCUCCACCACGUUCUCUUCUCCGUCUCCUUCCCGGCCUGCUUCAAGUCUCUCCUCCGCUGCUAAAGAGACUCAGACACGUGUUGUCUCCAAACCCACGGCGCCACGGACUACAUGUGACUCCACCUUCACCACAACGACCACCUCCGUCACCACCAGGCCAACUGCGGCUCCUCGGACCUCAACCACGGCGGCAAAGACGCUGCACUCCAAGCUCAACUUCUUCCAAUCAGAUAACAGCGUUAAAGAGGAAGAGAAAAAGAAAACAACCACCAGCAUCGUCAUCAACAAAGGGCCGAAUGUGACGGGUAAGGCCCAGGAGGCCGCGCAGGCCGUCACUGUGGUUGUGAAUGUUGGUGGUUUUGGCAAAAAGGAAACGAAUGUGAGCGUGAACACAGGAGGGGAGAAAGUCAAAGCAGCAGGUGGAGAUGUGAAGACGAAAGCAUCAGCAGCAGCCUUCAUCUCCAAGAAACUGACCGAAGAGAACAACGAUAACAGCAAACCAUCGUGGACGACUGUAGCGCUGAAACCUCCUCAGGUUGAGACUCCAAAGAGGGAGACGGAGGGUGUCAGAGGGCGAGUGAGGCUGAGAGCGGACCCGUCCAUCCUCGCUGACCUGCACACUCUCACAGACACACGGACGCCGAGCCCGGUCAGCAGCGGUGCACUCAGAGCCAGAACUCCUGACAGAGGCGCCUCAAAGCCCGACACUGCAUCAUCCAACACCUCAGAGAACAAGGAGUCUCCUGCGGACUGGAGGUCCAAGCUCAAACCUGUCUCCAAACCCGCUGCUUCUUCACAGUCCUCCCCUAAACCCUGGGCUAAUGGAGCUGGAAAGCCUCAGACUUCAGAGCCGUCUGUCCGGCCUUCUCCCUCCUCUCGUGUCCCCAGCCCGAGCAUUUCUGUCACUCCACCUGCACCAAAGGGGUUCCUGAACGGUCAGAGAGACCCGACUGCAAAUGGCACGAAGCCAGAGUCAAAGACUUCCAAGAUGAAGCCGGACUACAUCCUCAAAGACGACAUCAUGAAGGAGCUGCAGGACAUCGAAGACAAUUUGAACGAGUGGGAGAAGAGAGGAGUGGAGCUGGAGGUGAGGCUCCGCAGCAGUGAAGCAGAGGGUGAAGAUGACUCUCUCAUGGAUGAGCUCAUGAUCGAGUGGUUCAACUUGAUCAGGAACAAGCAGGUGGCCAUGCGCCGGGAGUCUGAGCUGGUCUACAUUGGAAAAACGCAGGAUCUGGAGGAAGAGCAGCCCAGUGUGGAGCAGGAGCUCAGGAGGCUGAUGGAGAAGCCAGAACAUCUGAAAACGGCUUCUGAGCGGAAGAGAGAAAAGCAGCUGAUGGUCAAACUGGUGGACAUCGUCAAUGACAGAAACGCUAUUAUAGACGGUCUGGAUGAGGACAGACUCAGGGAGGAAGAGGAGGACGAGGAGCUAAACAAGUUGAUGUUGAAUUUCAACAUCAAGAAAGACAAACCAAAGAAAAAGUCUCCGA